CAUCGGGAAAGUCACGCCACGUAUGUCUCUCAAUAAUAUGGAAUUCUAUCUGCUGUUGCUGUUGGUUUUGUGUAGCUUUAUAGCGCUGAUUUGCUAUGUAAAAAUCAAAAGCAAUCGCUUCGAAUUCGCUCGGAUACGCAAACUACAAACGUGUGAUGUACUUGCUGUUGUCGAUGACGUGCAUCCCACUAAACUGGUGAAUCCGAAAUUGGAAGAACAGUGUGAAGUAAUAGUGGUGGGUAGUGGUGUGCUCGGAUCAGCGCUGGCUGCUGCAUUGGGUCGCGAUGGUCGGAAAGUAACCGUCAUCGAACGAGACCUCAGUGAACCGGAUCGCAUAGUCGGAGAGUUGCUGCAACCCGGAGGCGUGAAGGCGCUGAACAAACUUCAACUAGAUGGGUGUCUUGAAGGGUUUGAUGCUCAGACAGUUAAAGGAUACGUAAUUCAUGAUCAAGAUACUGGUGAUCAGAUUCACAUUCCUUAUCCUACAUCUGCCGAUGGACAUAUUUAUAGUGGAAGAUCAUUUCAUCAUGGUCGCUUUGUUAUGGCAUUGAGAAAGGCAGCUCAAAAGGAAGAAACUGUUACAAUGGUAGAAGGCAAUGUAACAACACUGCUGACAAAGGCAGGACGAGUGGUGGGAGUUAGAUAUAAGGACAAGACUUCUAAAGAGAUGCGACAAAGGUAUUCUCCUCUGACUAUUGUCUGUGAUGGUUGUUUUUCUCGCUUUCGGAAAGCGUUGGUUCAGUCUGUUGUCAGUACGUCAUCUCAUUUUGUUGGGUUGAUCAUGGUGGACUGCCCACAAGUUAGGAGUCACCAUGCAGAGCUUGUACUGGGGUCAUGUUGUCCUUCACUGAUAUACAAGACAAGCUCAAAUGAAAGUAGAGUGUUAGUUGAUAUUCAGGGACAGCUACCUUCUGACCUAAAGGGGCAUUUGAAGAACAAUGUUUUGCCUCAAUUUCCAACUCAUUUGCAAGGUCCAUUCUUGGAUGCACUAGAACGAGAACGAUUACGCAGUAUGCCUUCAUCACAUCUUGCUCCUGCUCCCUGUGUGGUUCCAGGUGUUCUUAUUUUGGGUGAUGCAUUUAAUAUGCGUCAUCCUCUUACUGGAGGUGGGAUGAGUGUGGCUCUAAAUGAUGUUGUGCUGUGGCGAGACUUACUGCAAGACAUCCCAGAUCUUACUGACAUGGAUGCUAUUACUGCAGCUCUCAAGAAGUUUCAGUGGCUGCGCAAAUCGAAUCAUUCAUUUGUUGUCAAUGUUAUGGCUCAAGCUCUUUAUGAACUCUUUGCUGCAUCUGAUGAAGAUUUGCACAGAUUACAGCAGGCUUGCUUUGCAUAUUUUCGAUUAGGUGGACGGGCUGUGUCAGGGCCUAUUGGUCUCUUGUCUGUGUUGACUCCAAAUCCUCUUGUUCUUAUUGGCCACUUUUUUGCGGUUGCAUUGUAUGCUGUUUAUUUUGCUUUCAAAAGUGAGAAAUGGUGGGCAAUUCAUCGCAGCUCAUUUAAAGCUAUCUCAGUAUUCUUCAAAGCCUGCAAUGUGCUGUUUCCUCUAAUCUGGUCAGAAAGACAUUCAGUUCAGCUUGUUUAAAGCUGAUUGGACACUGCCUAGUUGUUAAAAAGAAGGCAAUAAAUUACAUGGUUAAUUGAAAUUAGGUAAUGAUUGACUUUAGUAAUAGUAAUAUAAUAGUUUUGCUGUUACAGAAUAUAAUCUGUACAAUAGAUUGGAAUACCCUACGUGUGUAAUGUUGGAAUAUGAAUGUAAAACAUCA